GCCGCAUUUGAUCAACUUUUUUAAAUCUAUCACCUUUAUUAAGAAAAAAAACAUAGGUGCAGAGAAAUUUGUUGAUUGAAAAAUAAAAAAUCUAUGGAUCUUAAGCUUGCGUAAUAUGACUUUGGCUUUGAGGAUCGCACGUCUUACGUGCGGUUCAGAAUCCCGGUUCAUCCCGCUUCCAUCAUCACUUCAACAUAUUCGUCACUGUUCUAGUAGCAAUAAUCCACCACCAGAACCGAAACCUAAGCCCAGCAGUAAGCUCUCUCGAGAAAAUGUUCGACAGAAUGUCAAGGGUUACAUGUUAAGUCGGUUCUUCGACUAUGUAAAAAACUAUGACAAAGUCCUUGAAAAGAACUUCCCUUCCGCCGUAAAUGUGUAUCGCAUAUUUUUCGAUGGCAUGAAGGAAUUUUUUUCGGACAUGAAAAGGUACCUAAAGAUAUCCCGCAUUGCUAAUGAUUCUCCCAAAGGUGUCAGGGCACUCAAUCGCAAAGAACUUGAAUUGUAUAUGCAGAUGCCAAGGGAUAUGAUCAAAGUAGCACCAGCAAUUGUUCUAUCUUCCCUGCCAAUGGUUGGCUAUGUCGCUUUUCCUCUUGCUUACAUGUACCCGCGGACAUUUUUGAGCUCGCAUUUCUGGACCCUACAACAAAAGUGUGAAUUCCAACAGCAAGUUCUCUCCGAAAGACUAAACAACAAUCGUGCGGUAUUACGAAGCAUGCAGGCCCUCCUAAAAGGUGCCAAGAAGAACGAACAAUAUGAAGAAAUACAAACUAUACUUGGACUAUUGGGAAGCGGUUUCCAUCCAUCCGUAGAUCAGCUUUUAGAAGCCAAAGAGGUCUUCGCCAAACCCCCAUAUCAAUUUAAUUCCCUCAGCUCCAAACACAUCAAACUGCUCGCAUUGAUGUACGGCUUGCCUGGUGGAUUCUUUAGACGACACCGAAUGGCUGAACUUGCUUUUAUCAUUCACUACAUGGACCUGGCUAUUACCCGCGAAGGAGAUGUCCAUAACAUGCCCCAGGAAUCCAUUCGAUAUGCAUGUUUCAUUCGUGGUUUGAAUCCAUGUAAUCUUAGCAACGAAGAAAUGGUCGAAUGGCUAAGAAACUGGGUCAAGGUUUCAAUGGCGUUGAAAGAAGAACACAUGAGUUUGUUCUUACAUUUGCCCAUUUUCUUGGGCUACAACCAUCCUAAUAAUUGGCAAUUAAUUUAUGGAAAGCAUUAAAUGACGUAGGUAAAUGUUAUACAUUUAUAUAGUUGAAAUAUAAUUUAAAAAACAACAAAACUGAAACAGAA